AUGAGCGCCCACGGGGAAGGGGACAACCUUGGUCGAGAAAAGAAGGUGGAUUACGUUCGGAUCGACAUGGAGGAGGAGGAGGAUAUCGAUGAUGGUGUUAGUACGCGAACGGUUGCUUCUGACCAUGUGCAGAAGCUUGAAAACGUGAGGGAGGAGGAAACGGGACCUAAGCCUUUUUGGGAGACGGAGAAACCAUGGGUAUCUGGAGACCACUUCCAUAUCCCUAUCCCAAACGAGGGCAAGACUCUGGAAAAGUGCGCUGAGAUCGUCGAGGAUUUGGAUACCGGUAAAUGUAACGCUUGGAAGGACGAGAUCCAGAACCUCCUACUCUUUGCGGGUUUAUUCUCGGCCAUAGUGACGGGGUUUGCCGUUGAAGCAGCCAAGGCACUCAAUGGACCCUCUGAGGAUCUUACAGUCCAACUCCUUGCACAGAUCAGCGCCCAAUUGGCGUUAGGGCUUAACAAUACUGGGACGGCACCUCGGAUCCCAUCCAUCGAGGUUCCUCCCUUUGACCCGCCCUCCAACAUCACACGCGUCAACAUCCUUUGGACGGUUAGCUUGACUAUCAGUCUCACAGUCGUCACCAUCGGUAUCCUCUGCCUGCAGUGGCUAAGGGAAUACGAGCGGAGAGACCCUGGUCGGACGCCGGAAGACGCGCUCGCCACUCGUUAUUCCCGGGAACAAUCGCUGAGAGCAUGGAAGGUCCCAUUCAUCAUCGCCGUCCUCCCUCUCCUCCUACAAGCUGCUCUCGCACUGUUCUUGAUCGGGCUCGUGGAUUACUUCUAUGCCAUGAGUCGGGUCACAGGAGGAAUCCUGGCGGCACUGGUGGGCCUUGUCCUCCUCAUCCUGAUCGCCACCACAGCCCUGCCCGCCAUCUCCGACUUCUCCCAAAUCGCCGCCCUUCGCGACCUAGGACAUCGGCGGUUGGUGUACUGUGCAUACCGAUCGCCACAGUCCUGGGCGUUCACGCUGGCGUGCAGUACGGCCAUCACGCUGUUUCGCACUGUCAUCCACAAGCGCUUGAGGGUGUUUCGAGCUUGGCGCUAUCUCGUGGCGUUCUGCUCCUCGUGUGCUAUCAUCGUCCUGUCUCCCAUAUGGCUUUUAGCCGGAGUUGGAGGGUACCAAAACAUCUCCAAGGCCGUGCGCACAGUUUUCGAGAGAGCGAAAAACGCGGAUUCCCCCAAGCGCGAAUCGGGACGGAUCAUCUCCACUCUGAGCGGACUCCGGAACUGGGUUUCGUACGACGCGUGGUGGAGGAAGCAUUGCGAGGAUGAUUACAUCCUAGGUAUAUUUGACCUUUCGCGAGAGUACAGGGGGACGCCCAGUCCUAUUCUCCGCGCCGCGUAUCGGUGUAUCCACGACAUCACAGCAUUGGACAGGCUCAACGAAGCCAUUCAAUCCACCUUUGGACCGGAGGCGCUAGGUCGCCCAGCGCUUUUCCAGCUCUCCCAUUCCAUCUCCUCUUCAGAUCAAUUUCACGUCUCCCAUGAUAUGGCAAUGUUCCAAAUUGGACGGGCGGUCUUUCCCAAAAAGCAUGUGUACGGCUCCUGCUACAUCGGGGAAUGGGAGCACUGUCAUAUGCUCGAGUUGUUUGUGAGGAUGUCCCAGAGAGGCUACCUCGUGGAAUGCCCCUCGAUCCUCGAAGAGCAUGUUCAUUUCCGUAAGGCUAUUGAGCGACGAGUUCCUUCCCUUCCAUCGCCUUUGAGACUCCAGGUAUUCAGGGUAUUCAUCGAGAAGCUGAAGCCCGAUAGCUUUACGGCCCUGCCUCCAGACCUCAAGGCGAACAUAGUCAACUCGAUGCUGGCCCUUCUUACCACUCUUAUACUCGAACCUAUAGACGGAGACUCCGUCACACCAUCCAGCAUUCCUGGUCUCUCUAAUGGCGAGCCUUCGCCUUUGACCCACCCUCACACAUUCGAGAUGCUCGAUGCCGGGUUCAGAUCGCUCGCCAUUGCCCUCAAAAUGCUUGAUGCCUCGGAAUCCCAGCUGCUUCAAGGAUUGGCGGAAGCAGGGACUAUUCAUCCAGACUUCAACUCGUAUCUCAUCGACCCACUGAAGCCGCCGCAGUGGUAUCCCGGCGCUGCCGAGAGGACCAAAGUUGCCGAAUGGCGUUGCAAACUGUUAGCACAUUCGCGUGGGUUUUGGGAAUUUAUUGGCUCCUCGAUCGCCCCGAGAUGCUUCACAGAAAGGAAGAAUGAUGGGGAUGUGUCGAACGACUCGAAAAUGUUAGGAAUGUCGAGGAAGGGAAGAUGGCUUCAAUUGGUGGAGAUUAUAGGAUGGGACAGCGCACCUCUAGAGUUCCUCGUGGAUUCCCUUGACCCGACAUCCUUUAAUGAAACGCGUGUCUUCGCAAUAGACCGCGAUUAUGUGGAACUCGUGCUGAACAUUAUAGGUUCAUUUGUCCUUACCCACGGCAUUGAACCUCCCGCCUCGACGCACAAGAAUCAGCCGCCACCAAAAUCGAUAGAAUUUUCCAGCUCUUCGUGCGGUGUGCGACUGUACACCUGA